GUCGAACGCGUCGGGGCGUUUCAUUCUGAUUGGUCGACGACCGAUGCCCGGUGUCCGGGUAAGAUGGCGUCUGAAGAGCAGUGCUCGGAACCACCUCGAUGGCGGUCGAUAUCCUUAACCCACGUAGAGUAUCCAGCUGGUGAUCUGACGGGGCAGGUAUUGGCCUGCAUGAGCCUGUUGCCCAUCGCGAUCCUCGUCGGAUUCGUCACUCUGAUUGUCUUUAAGCGAGAGCUACAUACGAUCUCUUUUUUUGGGGGUUUGAUCAUGAACGAGGGGUUAAACUGGCUGCUCAAACACAUUCUACAGGAGCCUCGGCCGUGUGGAGGAGGUCACACCUCAGUCACGACAGAGUACGGGAUGCCUUCCAGUCACUCUCAGUUCAUCUGGUUUUUUGUUGUAUACUUCUUUCUUUUUCUUUAUUUAAGAAUGCAUCAGACGAACAAUGCCAGGUGUGUUGAACUGUUAUGGCGGCAUAUACUGUCCAUCAUUCUUCUGGCAGUGGCUCUGUCUGUUUCAUACAGCAGAGUCUACCUCCUCUACCACACCUGGAGUCAGGUGAUUUAUGGGGGUGUGGCCGGGAUGGUGAUGGGAGUGGUUUGGUUUUUUAUCACCCAAGAGGUGCUAACGCCGCUCUUUCCCAAGAUAGCAGCCUGGCCAAUCUCAGAGUUUUUUCUAGUGAGAGAUACAAGUCUCAUUCCCAACAUCCUGUGGUUUGAAUACACAGUAACCAGAUCAGAAGCCAGAAACAGACAACGAAAGCUGGGAACGAAGCUUCAGUGAUUUUCUGCGAAACCCAGUGAAAACUGACAGAAAGGACCACACACACACACACACACACACACACACAUACACACUGGAGUUUCAUAGUCUGGACUGUUCUGGUUGAUGUGAAUGCACAGAACGGUGUACUUGUGGACCAAAGGAGUGAGUUCGUAUCACAGACGUGACCGUUAUCACAUGACCCAACCGUUUGCACGACAUCAUGGCCUCUUCCUCCCCCUUCCCCCGUCCUUAGACUGCUCCUGCGCUCCUAAUGCAUGCGGACCGUGCUAGAGACAAAAACUAUUUAAUUACAAAUGUAAUAUAUAUUUUAUUCAUUACCAUUGACAGAGAAGAUCUUAUCAGCGGCGCGAAGGGAGUGAAGAAGAGGAAGUGGAAGAAAGAAAGAAAGUUUUACGACGCGACAAAUCUGUCAGCAUGGCAUUACAGGAAUGCUGGGUAAUAAAUACAGGAGACAAGGAGGAGGGGAGGAAUGCAGACGAGGGUGGGGGGAAUAAAAUUGCUUUUGCUCGUUUGUUUAUCUUAAAAGACAUAUAAAUACUCAGUGCAAAAUAUGUCAAGGUCACAUUUCACCCCAAAAUAAUAAUAAAUAACUGUAAGCCUAUUUUAAUGGUGUUUAUGUUUGCAUUUGUGAAAUUUUCAUGUUAUCAAAAUCUUUUUUUUUUUUGGGGGGGUCAUGAAAAUUGUUACAAUGUAAAAACUCUUAAUGAAUUCAUUUUCUUCUGGCAAAAUAAAUAUUUAUUUUUCAAUUUUGAGGUGAAACACAUGGAAGCCGAUUCUGCAAUGGAAUA